UUAUGAAACACACCAUCUGCAAUGGAUCAUAAAUGUGAAGUGUGCUGUGGGUGUGUGACAGACGAUUUGGGGCAAGAAACUUAAAUAAUAAUCUGUAGUAUCUGUCAUGCAUACCACCCCCGUGGCCGUGUAUAAAUGAGAGGUAAGAAAGGGGACAGUUCUGGUGAUGGCGUUUCCUUGUCACCCUGAUAAGAGCAAGAGCAAGUGAUGUCAGCUAAGUGCUCAAGACAGUGAUCUCGCGCUGAUGAGGACGUCUGCGCGUAAAAUGUGACAGUCUCGCAGUCACGCAGUUAUCUUUCAAUACAUCUGCUGUGCGCUUUGGAGAAAAAGGUAAACUACAACAUCGACUCUCUGGCGUAAGUUUGCUGUAAGAUUUUCGCAAGUGCUGAAUAGGAAUCGACUCUGGGAGGGGUUUUGUCUUAUUCUCUGCUUAACGAGCUCUGUAAUGUCCUGUUAAUUUUGUGUGUACUAGUUAAUGAGCAUUAAUCGGGUACCCCUGGAUGUUAUUGUUCUGGGGAUGGCCAUUUGAAUGCAAAUGGGUGACAUUGUAAAAGCAAGGUGCUUAUUAAACUGGUGCGUGUCCUGGCUUCUCUGGAAUUCAGCAGGAGAGGACGGGGCGACUGGUCGAUGCUCACACCAAGUUCGGCAGAAAUGACGAGUUCUUUCCCUCUGGAGGCAGUGAUGUCCUCCCCGAGACUAGAGGACAGGAGCGGGGCCACGGCUGCACCCAAGUCCCUGGCGUUUUCAAUUGACAGAAUCAUGUCCAAGACUUCGGAACCGAAAGGAGGCACGGAACAGCGCAGGGGAGUCGAGGGAUCCGAUGGGAAGAAGACGGUCGGCUUGUGCACUCCCAUUCCCUGCAUGAUUCCAUUACAGCCGUUCAGCUACGACCUACAGGCCAAGGCUUUAAUGAACUAUUCUGAGUUUUGGAAAGUUAAUUUCAGGGGAGCACUAUGCACUUCAGCGGCGAUGUGUAAAGCCAAUUGUGGCAUCUGCGGCAAAACGGACUCGGGCGUAAAACACACUGUGUUUCCAGGAACCAGGGUCAUCAAACCACAGGUUAUACAUCAAGCGCUGACCAUGCCCACCAAUGGAUCGUUGUGUUAUUUCAAUUACCUGGACUCUGCUUAUCAUCAGUCCGAGCUACUGAGUGGACAUUUAUUUUCCUCGGCAAUUGCGAACUCACAAGCACAAGCUAUAAGCGCACAUCAGAAGCUGCUCCUGCUGGAGAACGCGAAACUUGCCUGCGUCUCACCCGAAAAAUUCCCAACACCUCAAUACCCGCAUAAAGAGCAUCUCCCUGGACAGCUGGACCAGAUAGUUCGGGAAAAUCACAAUUUGACCGAGAAGAACGGAGUGAAAGUGCACAGUAAAACGAAUAACUGUUCUGUUGACGGGAAACCCAAGAACUUCACGUGUGAAGUUUGUGGAAAGGUUUUCAAUGCGCACUAUAACCUUACGCGUCACAUGCCGGUACACACAGGUGCAAGACCUUUUGUGUGUAAAGUAUGUGGGAAAGGUUUUCGCCAGGCCAGCACAUUGUGUAGACAUAAAAUUAUUCAUACACAGGAGAAACCUCACAAAUGUAACCAGUGUGGAAAAGCCUUCAACAGAAGCUCGACUUUAAACACACACAUCCGAAUUCACGCAGGCUACAAACCAUUCGUCUGCGAAUGUUGUGGGAAGGGCUUUCAUCAAAAGGGGAAUUACAAGAAUCACAAACUGACGCACAGUGGCGAGAAACAGUACAAAUGUUCAAUUUGUAGCAAAGCCUUCCAUCAGGUCUAUAACCUCACGUUUCACAUGCACACGCACAAUGACAAGAAGCCCUUUACCUGUGGAACAUGCGGGAAAGGCUUCUGCAGGAACUUUGACCUAAAAAAGCACAUACGGAAAUUACAUGAUAGUAACAAUUGUUUAUCCGCCGGAAAUGAUUCUUCCAGAGGACACCAAAACUAAAACAGCUUUUAAAUGGACAACUGCUUCAUCAUCUUCCGCCGACAUGGACGAAGGAAAAACAAGACGGGGAAAAACAUCACUGGGGAAUUGUACAUAAAGCAGAAUAAAAUAUUAUUUAAUAAAUACUCUGCCAUAUAAGGCUAUCAAGCAAUUAUUUGUAGAAUAGAUUAAACAAAAACGUUUUAUAAAUAAAUGCUACAUAUGUGUAAAAAUAAAUGUUUAGUAAAUUUGACAAUUGUUGACGCAGUAAAGCAAAUGUGCUAAAAUAAAAUAAAUA